UCGCAGCAGCCGGGUCGAGCCGCCCCGCCGCUCCGCAGGGACACCCCACGCGGGGCACCGGCGCAAUACAUUUCAUCAGCUCAUGAAUGGAAACUUAAAAGACUUUAUACAAAAUAUAUGCAAAAAUGGAAACUUCAUCCUUACUAUCCUCCUUACACGAUGAAUGCAGAUCAGACAACUAUAUUGAACCUCAUUACAAGGAAUGGUACCGAAUAGCUAUUGAYGCUCUGAUUGAAGGAGGUUUAGAAGCUUACAAAGAAUUUCUUUCCAAAGAGAGAUGCUCAGAGUUCCUAGCAGAUGAGGAAAUUGAUUAUAUUUUGAACAAUGUUCACAAACUUCCCCAAAACACAAUUUAUUCCUCUAACCAUGCCAUUGAUGACACCUCUUCCUCGGGAACCUAUUGGCCCAUUGAAUCAGAUGUGGAAGCUCCAAAUCUUGACUUAGGUUGGCCGUAUCUGAUGCCUGGAAUUUCUGGUGGCACAAAUAUUGAUCUGCUUUUUCAUCCACCACGAGCACAGCCUUACACCAUAAAGGAAACCGUUCGGAAGAUGAUACGAGAUGCAAGAAAGGUCAUUGCCAUYGUUAUGGAUAUGUUUACAGAUGUGGAUAUUUUCAGAGAAAUCGUGGAGGCAUCUACUAGAGGGAUCGCAGUAUAUAUCCUGCUUGAUGAGUCAAACUUCAGUCACUUUCUGAAGAUGACAGAGAAACAAGGCUGUCAAGUUCAGAGGCUCAGGAAUAUGAGGGUGCGCACAGUGAAAGGACAAGAUUACUAUUCUAAAACAGGAGCAAAAUUCCAUGGAAAAAUGGAACAAAAAUUUAUUCUUGUUGACUGUAAGAAAGUGAUAUAUGGUUCUUACAGCUUUAUGUGGUCAUUUGAAAAAACCAACCUCAGUAUGGUUCAAGUUAUCACAGGACAGCUUGUUGAAUCCUUUGAUGAAGAGUUCAGGACUCUGUAUGCCCGUUCUGCUGUUCCUAGCUCGUUUGCCCCAGAAUUAGUGCGGGUAAACAGUCGCAAGACACUCUGGGACAAUGAUACGUACCAACACUCCGUGUCUUCCUUGGCUUCAGUUUCCAGCCAGAGAAACCUUUUUGGUCGGCAAGACAAGGUUCUCAAGAUAGAUCCUGUUUGGAAUMCUCGUGGAAGAUACGCAGUAAAUGAAAUAGAAAAAUAUGGCUUGAGAAAUCAAGGCUAUAAUAAGCAACCAUUUAAUCCAGGUUUUAAUGUUCAAAAUCCAAUCCAGCAGUAUCAACCUAGUGAAAAAAAUGAGCACUGGAAGAGACAUAGUUAUGCUGGGGAGAAGCCAGAAAGGACACCUUACCURCUGCUCAACAGAGCUAUUAACAGAGCCAACAAUCUGUCAAACACUUGGAAAAUGUCRUCUGAUAGCCUUAGUAUUGUGUCUUCAUUACGAGGAGGAUAUGCAAAUAACUACAAUGUGCCCCAACAAAGUUUUGCUGAUCAGUUCUCACGACCAAAGGUGAAUCUUGCAGAGAGAAAUUCAAUUGUACGGAGGUCUUUUAAUGGGACAGACAAUCAUAUCCGCCAUCUGCAGCAGAGGAUGCCAACCCUUGAGCACACAACAAAAUCAUUCCUGCGUAACUGGCGAAUAAAGUCGUAUUUGAAUGAUCAGUCAGAUUAUCCAGUGGAGUCAAAUGGGUCAGCCUUAGGUGACAGAUAUGACAGUUAUGACCCUGCUGAAAAUCUUAAAGCUCAUGCGCUGUAUUCUCAUUCUCGUUUGCGAUCGUCAUUGGUGUUUCAGCCAACUUUACCUGAACAGCAGGAAGUAAGCAGCUGUGCAAGUUCUUCAAAUUCAACCAUAAUUGGGUCAGAGGGAAGUGCAACRCCUAAAGGGACAUCUAACCAUGCACCGAGCAUGGAGAAUGGAAAAGAUCGUGUUUUAGAGGAGCUUGGCACAAACUUUCCUCUUAAAUCAGAUACUCCAAACCCCCACAGAAUUCAUACUGCAGACAACACAAAACCUAAUAUAAAUUCAAAUAMAGCUGGCGACUCAUCACUGUAUUUGUAUUCAACACUGUGUACAGACAAACAUGCAGAAAAUUUGAAGAACCUUCAAAAUGAAAAUGCGCUUAAAAGGAGAAGUUUUCCCAUGUUUAAUUCCAAGUCCAUAUUAGAUCCUGGUACCAACAAACAUGCAUCCAAUUAUGUUUACAGCACAUUGACUAGGCAAAGACUUAAGCAACCAGUUAGUCCAAAACUUCCAGAAGAUAUGCUGAAAAGUGCUAAAAGUUUGCACAGUGUGACCAACCACUUGCCACAGGAGGAAAAGGACCUGAAAGGAGAGCUAAAGAGCCCRACUGCUAGCAAGGCAAUUUCCAUGGCAGCUCUCACUGAAGCUAGCAAGGAGGAGUCCAGUAAGGAUUGCGCAUCAAAGAAAGAAAGUAAGAGUUCCCCAAGUUUUCUGAAGAAAGGAUCCCAGAAAUUGAGGUCACUUCUUAAUCUCACACCAGACAAGAAGGAAAACUUGUCAAAAAACAAAGGUCCUGCCUUUUAUAGAAUGUGUAGUAGUUCUGACACGUUGGUUUCUGAAGAUGAGAAUCAAAAACCAAAGAUUUCUGAAAAUAAGACAGAUUCUUCCCCAAGGAGAAAAAGAAAUUCAUCAUCAAAUUCUCAAGGUAGCUUGAACAGAAGUAAAGAAGAUGUCACUGGGAGUCCAACUAAGUCUCCAAAGUCUCCAAAGUCACCAAAAUCUCCAAAAACUCCAUCUGAUGAAAGCAAUAUAAAAUGUCCUCUGUUGUGCCCMCUUGAAAGUAAGUUCAUAGAAACUGCAGGAGAUGCAUCUACUCCAAGGUUUAAUACAGAGCAGAUUCAGUAUCAAGAUGUGAAGGAAAUCUCCACAAAUGCUACUUCUGAAAGUGCUCCUGUUUCUGCUCUUCAAAGAGCAAGUUCAAUGACACCACAGCUGGCAAGCUCAAAACACAAAGAGGAGCUGAGAUCUCGUUUGAGUGAAAGGCGUGUUUAUAGUCGCUUUGAGCCGUUCUGUAAGAUAGAAAAUGCCAGCCAGCCURCAGGAAAUGCAGCCAACAGCAUUUCACAUCUACCAGAUAUCAAAAGCAAGACCUUAGGGAAUAAUUACAGCAGGGGUAAUCACAUGGUCAGCUACAACUCAACUGCUUACCACCCAUUGCAGCCUAAUGAGAAUAAGCUGAGAGGAUUUAUGCAAAAGUUUGGGAACUUCCUAAACAAAAACAAGUAAAACUUUUGUUUUAUAUGGAAAUAUAGCAAGACUAGCAAAGCUGGACAUAAUCUUUACUGGACAAAGACUCUCAGCUAACUUUUAUAGAGCUUACUUGGAUUUCUUCUUGGGUCUAGGACAUUGGAAUGAAUGUACAUAUUUUUAAAAAUAAURGUUCCAGAGUUGUUAUACUUAAAUCUUUACAGAAAUUCUAUGUCCAGAAGAUAUCUCAAGGAAGUUGUUUAUAGUGUUGAUAUUGUAAGAUUAAUUUUAUACAUUUUCCUUGUGAAGAAAAUACAUUCUAGCAGAUUGUAAGAUUAAUAAGCAUGGGGUAAAAAAGAUGGGGGAUGUUUUUAAACUAUACUUCCAAAGAUAUGCCCUUUAAAAAUAGGAUAGCACUAGGAAUAUUGAACUGUAUUUUUUCAGCAUUUAUGUACACUUUCAAAUGAUAAACACAAAUCUUAAUGCACUGCAUGUUACUUACCUUUAAUUUUUGAAAAUCUCUUUUAAGUUUCAUUCUGUUAGUAAUUUACCCCAUAGCAUCUAUUGAACUGUUUGGGCAGCAGAUGGAUCUAUCUUACUUUAUUGACUUUUCUGUGUAAUAUGAUGUUUUCCUGAAGUAUUUGGCAUACAGAUUUGAAAGUGACCUUAAUUUGAGUUUUCACAGACUUGUUUACGUGGUUUAACUAGUGUGAAUGUAGAAUGAACAUUUAAAAAAAYUAUUUAUAAAAAAGGUGCCUUGAACAUAACCUACAACUAGUUUAAAUUUCAAUGGGUUAAUUACAUUUGUAUAGCAUGCCAGUAUUCUAUAAUGUCUUCGUUUGAAAAGCUUUUCUAAUACUUUCUUCUAUCUGGUGUUUAAAAAAAAUUCUGUGGACUUCCAUUUCUCAGGUAAGUUUUUGAGUUUCAUGUGCAGCAGUCUGUUUUAAAUGUUGACAGAUCUAUUUGCAAAUCUGGCUUUAAUGGCCUUAUGUCUGGGUGACUAUUACAAGCCCAAGAGGAAUUAGGCAGCUARAAGUGAGAUUCUUAAAAGUCACCACAUUAAACAAUAAGGCAUUAUUCAUAAGCCAAAGAAAGUAUCAGGGAAGGGUGAUAGUAGAAAGUGUUAAACUUCAGUGAAGGUAUUGAGGCAUCUAACUGCAGUCUAAGGGACAUGUUUGGUUUAUCUGAACCUCUAUAUCAUAAAAAAAAAUUUCUCAAUAAUAGGUUAGCGCUUACAAAAUUACAGGUGUGAUGAUGUGUUUGAGCAGCAGCAUGGCAUUGACUUCUCAGUUGUAGUGUGCAGCUAGAACAUCCAACUGGUUUAGCCCACUCUGGGUGUGGAGUUUGGUUCUUAGAAAGACUCUAUUACCAUUUAGCUGCAAUAUAUUCCAUGACAGUUUUGUUUCAAAUUCAGAAUGUUUUGAAAUUUCACUGCUGAAAGCUUAAAAUUCUUUUACAGGGUCUUAGUGUUUCAGGACAGUGUUUUAGGAGACAACUUCACUCUUAGAUCGAAAGGUCCCACUGUGUUCUUUGGAGCAGUGUACCAUGGAGGUCUUGGCAUAAUUCUUUAGAAAGAAAUACCAAAAAGGCAUUUCAUGUACCAGUUGAAGGUCAUUUGUCCUCUCUACCUGUGGCCCGGGAAUAGAUUUUAWAUGGAAAUCUACUUCAGAGAAUCUCCUCUGUUUCCUAUGAGGUCACUGUAGUUAACUUUCAGUGAUUUCCACGAARCAGUCAGCUUUUUAUUCAAGCACCUUCUCAGGCAACUUUAUUAGGCUCAUGCAUCAUAGCAGUAACUGUUUCAUUGUGAAGAUGCUAAUUAUUUAUCAGACUGAUAUGGUUCUUAUCUCAAUCCUCUGCUGAAGGUUUAGRUCUCUCCCUUGCCUGUGAUGACAAAAAGAUUUUAUAAAUUUCUCUAUGAGUGCUGGUAACUUUGUUCAUUCCUUGAUAAAAUGUUAACAGUUAGUAUUUUUCCCAAACAUUCAUACUUACAUAUUCUAUGAUGUCAACAGAGGUAACAUGUUCAGACCCAAGACAAGGAGUGUCUUGGUACUCCAGGCAUUUUUUCAACAUAGGUACAAUGAUUUCCACAGCUACACAGCCAACAGCAAUGCCAUACAGCACUUYUUAAAACACUUAAUAAUUUGUAACCAGUUGGACAGUUGUCCAAAGCWGUACCUGAAUUUAUGUGCAGAUGUUGCAAAAAGUGGUGGGGUUAGUUUUAGGAAGAUCUUUAGUUUUCCUUCGUACUCAUGAUCUCUUAUGACAUACACUUGUAARCAGAACAAUAUUUGGGAAGGAAAUGAGAGAGGGAGAACAAGGGUCUYGGGGCAAGUUUUGAAGAGACAGUUCUUGCCAUAUUUUUAUAAACUUUGGGAGAUCUACACUGAUGCAAUUUGGAAAUACUUUACUGUAUUUUUCAAAGCAAAUUACCAGAGAGUCCUGAGAAGGCASAUAUUUUAAUUUACAAAGUUGUCUAUGUUUGUAGAUACAUACUGCAAUUUUUUACCUGCACAGAAGAUUAAGUUAAGAGCCUGCUCUAGACUUGAUAAUGCAAACAAAUCUCUGUAGACCUAGCUUUUUUUUUUUUCUUCAUUUUUCGAUCUCUUCUCAGAGAUCCCACAUAGGAGUGGUCUGCAUUAAGGCUUGAUCCGAGGUUAAUUGAAAUGAAUUCCACAGACCGCAGGGGAAGUAGGAUCAGACACUUAAUAUACUGACAUCACUAUUUUAGAAAUGUUACAAAACCCCGUGCUGCUUUGGAAGAAUAAGUCUCUGCUUGGCAACAUGGGAAGAGCAGCCUGAUGCCCUGCCUACAGCUACAGCUUUAAAGGUUGGGAAGCACACUGGGGAGGUACCCAGGUGCAGCAAGGACCAAGUGUUCAUUUGUUCCCUCCGGAACCUGUGUUCGUGGGAAAAUGCUCAAAUGCUCACCCAGUAUUCCCUGAUUUGUCUCAUGUCUGCAUGGGAACCCAGUUGUCCAUAAAAUAAAAAGGAAAUUUGGAGGGGGCUGGGGG